UGGGGUGCAUCGCUGGGCGAGGGUGGCAGGAGGCUGCGGGUGGGAGAAAGCAGUGCUUGAGCCCCUCCCUUUGCGAAGCCCAACGGCCAACGCUGUUUUUCUCCUCCCCAGCCUCCGCUAGAGCCUCCUGUGUGUUAGUCGCUCAGUUGUGUCCGACUCUUUGCGACCCCAUGGACUGUAGCCCACCAGACUCCUCUGUCCGUGGGAUUCUCCAGGCAAGGGUACUGGAGUGGGUUGCCAUGUCCUUCUCCAGGGGAUCUUCCCGACCCAGGGAUCAAACCCGUGUCUCCUAGCUAGAGCCUCAUCCUCCCCUAAUUGAGAUGAUUUGGAUGAUAAGACUUGAAGCCUUGACACUGUAAUGAGUUGAGAUUUGGGGACCUUGGGAUGGGGUGAAUGUAUUUGCAUGAGGGGCAGAGGACGUCCAAGCCCGAAUGCCCAGAGCCCUGUGUGACUGAGUCACCUCACUUGUUAUCAGUGACUGUGUGGAUGCUACUGAGUUACGAUUCUUGAGUUGACAGUUAUGGUGACCAACGAAGCAACCCAGAGUGGACUUCCUUCCUUUGACUGGACUCAAUGAGGAACCGGAGCUUUGGUACCAGCAGCUGCCCCCUGCGCCCGUCCGCCUCCUUGAGGAGUGCAGAUGAAUUUGGGCGGGUUCCCGGAGGCUGCCGGCGCCGCUGUGAUGGGAGAAGGCCGGGACAUGGACGCAUCACUGCCGUGGCUCCCGUGGCGCCUGGGUGUGGCCAAAGAGCUGGCCUGCUGACGAACCUCCCACCCUCAUGUCUUGAGCGUGGAAGCCUUUCUGGGCUCCUUAUGGAACCGCCCUCUCUGCGAUGGUGGGGAAGCCACCUGCGGGCCUCCUCCCGGGGUGGCUGAGAAAUGGCCCCCUGUCCCCGGCAGGCUCUGCCUUCUGGAAACAGAGAGAAGGCCAGGGAGGGUGCAGCUCAGCGGGUGCUGCGGAUCUGCCCUGCCCUGGGGCCUGGACCACCAGUGGUGACCGUGGCCAGCUGCCACCACCACCACCACGCCCCGCCCCCACCGCCAGCAGAGCCCUUAAAGCCGCCCAGGCUCUGCUCGCCCACGCCCACCAUCAUGAAGGCUGUCCUCCUCCCCCUGCUCACUGCUAACUGGGCUUUACAGCCGGGCACCGCCCUCCAGUGUUACUCCUGCGAGGACCAGGGCAACAACAAGGGCUGCCAGUGCGUGCAGAACUGCAGAACCAUUGCUGGACCGAGCGCGUCGCAUCUCCAGUGCCGGCAGAGGGUCUGGAUGCCCGAGCAUGUGGACAUGGAUGAGACCAGGCCCCCAGCCUCACAGGGCUCAUCGUCUUGGGGUCGACCCAAGCUGACUCUGGAGUUUCAGUCGGAGUCAGGACACGAGGCAGGCCGCGGGAGCUGGGCCAGGGCAGGUGGGUGAGUGCCCAGGGCCCAGCCCUGCCCAGCAUCUCCACCCCCCUCCCCUCCAGAAGCCAUCGGCCUCCUGACCGUCACCAGCAAAGGCUGCAGCUCGCACUGUGUGGAGGACGCGAGGAAUUCCUUCGGGAGCAAGAAAAACGCGUGUGCUGCACCAACCUGAGCAACGCCAGCGGGGCCCACGCCCUGCAGCUGGCCGGCGUCACCUCGUCGCUGCUUGCUGCUCUCGGCCGUCUGGGGCCGGGCCCAGCUGUAGGAUCCAGGAGGACCCUGCUGUGCCCCAUGCCAGGCAGCGGUGUCCAGGGCCCGGGUCACUCCUGACACACCUGGCCCCAUCACAGACCCUCCGAGAACCUCACUCAGGUCGGGUGAUGCCCCCUGCCCUUCCCAGCGCUCCGCGGCUCCCUGGAGGACUCCUGCCCAGCUCCCACUGCCCAGCAGGCUGGGCUUCAUGAUGUGAAACAGCCAGCAGAUAGCCCACCAGACCCCUGCCCAAUAUUCCGACCCACCCUUAACCCUUGCUCAAGCAUGUCUUCCUCCAGGAAGCCCUCCCUGCCUGCCCCUCCACAAGCUGAGCCAAGUUCUGCCUGCAGUGUCCUCCACACCCAGCACAGAGCAGGCUCUUGGGAGGGCCCUGCAAAGGCUGAGAGGAAGUGUUCUGAGUAGGCCUGGAGUCAGCAGUGUGAGGUCCUGAGAGCCCCAAGAGGGGAAGCUCGGAGGGCAGGGCUUGUUCAUGGGGGUUGGGGGGCAGCAACGCCAUACACACAGUAGGCUCUUAAUAAAGGCCCAUGGGCUUGGUGGCAGAGAGCCUCUGUCCUUGCUUGCCCCACGCGGAGGUCAGGUCGGGGUCCGGGGCUGUGCAGGUGUAAACAUGGAAACGUGGAGCAUGUUUAGAGCUCAUAGAAAGAAAGAAAGCCAAGGAUGAGGAUCCCAAGCGCUGGCGCCUGGAAAGCCUCUGCAGGACCCAAGGUCCAGAGGGAAGGACUACGGCACUGAGAGCAGCCAGCCCACUGAGCCGGGCUCCGGGCCCCUCCCCGUGGGGGUCGCUCCGCCCAGGGCCGAGGCUCAGGGCCCCCAAACCCUGCUCUGGACUCUGCAGGCGAGCGUGAGAGGGGAGCCCUGGCUGCACCCUCCAUGCCUGAGACCCGGGUCCUGCCCCACCUCCUGCCGUCCCCGCGGUCUCGCAGCCGUGAGCCUCCACGACAGCUCUGCUCCCAGCCCGGCUCCCCAGGCAGAGGUCUCCUCUCCUGCAGGACAGGGCGCUGACGGCCCCCCACAAGGGUGCGGACAGCACGGGGCCACCUGCAGGGGCAGCCCCCCACCCCCUGUCCCCACACAGAGGCCACGGGGAGGGGCAAAGAGGAAGUGCAAACCCCUGUCCCCAAGCUCCGGGACGACACCUGCCCCCAUCUCACCCUUAUGGUGUUGCUUCUUGUGCAGGAAUGAGGCGCAUUCUGUGAGCUGACACCCUGGUCACACUUCUCAGGGAAACCACUCUUGUCUACCCUCUGUCUCUCCUUGGUGAGGAAUAGAAACCCUGCCAUGGCCAAAGUGGUCCUCCACAUGGACCGGCGUGUUUCUGUUUUUAAGAUGACCCUUGCACCUUGCACGGGGGAGAUGCUGUCUGAUCUGCUCACAUCUCCAGUAGCGGGUGAUGACCCAGCAGACAUGACAGUCCUCGCCACACGCCAGGCUCUUCUCGGCCACCUCCCGCACAAUCAUUCAUUCAUUCCUCCCUACUUAGAGGUGGGGCUGCGCAGAGGAGAAACCUGAAGCAGGGAGGUGAGGCAGUUUGCCCGAGAUCACGCAGUCAGCUAGUUAGAACUGGCAAGGCUGCACAUUCGAACUCCAGUAGAAACAGGCUCAGAGAGGUGAAGGAGCUGACCUGAGGUCACACAGCUGGCUCCUGCCCACCCCAAACCAGGCCCCCCCAGUGGGCAUCUCCUGCUCUGGCCCCAGCUCCCAGCCACACUCAGUCCCAGGCUGUCCUCCUCCAAGGACUCUGGCUGCACUGGACCACCUGUCUGGCCCUUGCAGGGCUGAGGUUGGUGGGCUCCCCGCAGCCUGAUGACUGGUCUGACUCCCUGGGGAUAUCCCCACCCUCCCUACUUGACUCCAGCUGCUCAAGGAGGCAGGCUGAACAGCAGGGAGUGUGGGUCUCUGGGGGGUGCUCUGCAGUCCUGGGGUACCUCAAGGGCCCUUCCUGAGUCAGGAGAGAUGCCCAGUGCUUCCCCACGCCCGGUGGGUGUCUCUCCUGACUCAGGAAGGGCCCCCUGAGGUACCCCAGGACUGUAGAGCACACCCUGGAGACCCCAUCAUCCAGCCCACAUAGGCUGCUGGGGUCAGUCCCCAGGUGAGUCACCGGCUCGCUGCUGAAUGCUCAGGGACUGUCUCUGCCCCCAGCCUGGGCCUGGGCACACAGCACCCAGAAAGGAAUUCCAGCCCUGGGAGUAAUCUGGUCAGUCCCCCCAGAGUCUCCCAGGGUCCACCCCUGCACUUUGACAGAGCUGCCCUCUGCCAGGGCGACCACCCCGUUUUUAUAGAACUGAAUUCCUGCUCCACAGCAGACUGGCUGCCCAGCUGGCACUGCAGACAAACAGGUCUGCUCCGUGGUUCUGUCCAGCCUGCAGGCUACCUCCUCACGGCAAUGUGGUGACCAAGGCGUGUGUGGAUCCAUGUGAGCCCCAAACUGGGACUGGCUAGGCCAAAAGUGCCCACAGAGCUGCUGCCACCGGGAUCCGGGACCCCCGCGCGGAAUUGCUGGGGUCCGGACCCAGGGGCGGGGUCCAGGUGGGGCCCGGGUUGAGAGAGUCCUUUCCUAGGCAGGUUGAUAGGAAGUCUAGGGGUCCCCAAGGAGAGAGGGGUCUGGAAUUCUCAAGGAGGAAGAAAGGACAA